AUGCUGCCUUUUGGCCUCAAGAUAGCUUGGUUUAUCCUUUCGUUAACAGGACUCUUUGCUUGCUGGAUAGUUCUAUGGGCUUUCGGACGUGCUGUAGAUGCGCGUUGGGGCCCGGUUCUAUAUUGCGUUGGUAACACGAUGUUGCAAGGCAUAUUUUGCCUAGGCAUGAUUUAUAAGAUGGAUCCUUAUCGAAUGCCUCGAUCGUUUUGCAUAGCGCAGACGAUUAUUAUCUCCUUUGGAGGCGUCCUCAUAGCCGGGGUUGCGUUGGCAUUUUCGUUGGCAACGAGUAUGACGGUGCUGAAGCCGAAGACGUGGUCAGAUGGAAGGAGCGCGCUGAAAUGGCGGAAUUUGUACGGGAUUCCGAUUGUCAUGCUCCCUGUCGUGGCGACCGCCAUCCACAUCGCCCUUAUCUUCAAGUUCGAUGCCGUGCAACCGGCCGAUGACUUGCACUGCGAUACGAACGAUCCGUUGUGGAUUCGUUUCCUAGGCUAUGCAGGCGUCCCCUUCCUCCUCUCUCUGCCCUCGUUUUACCUGGCCGUACGUUCAAUCAUGCGCGUCAUCAAGACGAACCAGCACCUCCAGCGUGCGCGGUCCGACAGUGACGACGUAUUCACCUCUGCCCCGCAAAGUCGGAGCGGCAGCACGCGCAAGAAGAAGUUUUCGCUGACACCACGCAGCCUGCGUUCCGCCUCUGGCUCCAAAUCGGCAACCACACCGCAUCGAGGGCCUAUCAGCCAGGACCUUGCGGACCCUGUACCCCUUUCACGGCGUUUCCACCUCCCAUUCGGCCGUCCGUCGACGUCCACAGCAGGCGGGCAGGAUAAGGUGGUACGCACGGAGACGGUGGUAGGGGACCACGAGUCUUCACAGUUCUCCAUCCCGGCAGGUAACAGCGCCGAUGAUUUGAGCUCCCGCGUGUCCGGAUCGUUCCCCACCUUCGCUGGGGCCAGUGCUCCAGGUAUCGAGGAGCGCAACCGAGACGGCGACAGAGUGAUCGAGCUAAGCAAUGUUAAUGUCGUCACCACGAGCGAGUCGCGGGGGUCGGCGUCGGCGUCGGAGGCUGAUGUUGUGGAUGGGAAUGGGAGUGUGAAACCGGAUUGGCAUGGGGUGGAGGUGAUCGUGCAUGGUGGAGCGGGGUCGGUGAGUGAUUUAAGGGAUGAGGAUGGGGAGAAGGGGUGGAACCAGGAUAAGCUGCAUUUGCGCUCCGAGUCGGAUAUUGGGAAGGAGGACUUCAUCCUUGCUGAGGGGUUCAAUGGGCCGUACUCGCCGAGACCUGCGUCGAUGGGUGGUUUACCGUAUCGCAAACAGCGAAGACAGAUUCCGAGUUUAGCGCCUGCUGUGUGGCGCAUAAUUCUGUUUCAGAUUGCAUUUGCCUCUGUUCAGCUGCUCAGCUGCAUUUCGACGUUUGUUGAUGUCGUGAAGCGACGGCCUACGCCGACACCUCUAGGGACACAACAUUUUGCCUUGCUGCUGGCAGCCUGGGGUCCCGUAGUAUUUUUCGGUCAUCUUCCUGCUGUGCGGCGGAACCUCAUACCUUGGCAUCCUGUCAAGAUAUGA